AAACUUUUCGAAUUCGUUGAAAACUUCAUCUAGGAAAAUGUCAAAAAUUCGACUAUAUAAGUAGCCCUCCAGGGAGCCGCGGCACACACAGGCCCCAGGAUGGUCUUCAAACUAAUACGACCAGCCCCGCUGACAGAGCAGGUGAAAUCUCGGGAUGGCUGCAUUUACCUGUUCAGGGCGAUGAAGUUCAUAGGCUGGGUUCCGCCCAAGAGUGGAGUGCUGCGCUACAUCUAUCUCUUCUGGACGUUGAUGACGUUUAUUUGGUCCACCACGUACCUGCCUCUGGGAUUCCUGGGCAGCUAUAUGACCCAGAUCAAGUCGUUCUCGCCGGGCGAAUUCCUCACCUCGCUGCAGGUGUGCUUCAAUGCAUAUGGAUCUUCGGUGAAGACGGCCAUCACCUACUCGCAGCUGUGGCGGCUCAUCAAGGCUAAGGAUCUGCUGGACAAGCUAGAUCUGCGCUGCACCACCACCGAAGAACGCGAGAAAAUUCACCGAGUGGUGGCACGCAGCAACCACGCCUUCCUCAUCUUCACCAUUGUCUACUGCACUUACGCGGGGUCCACCUACCUCAGCUCAGUGCUGAGCGGGCGCCCACCCUGGCAGCUCUAUAAUCCCUACAUUGACUGGCGCGAUGGCACACGGAAUCUGUGGCUGGCGUCCACCCUCGAGUACAUCGUGAUGUCGGGGGCCGUGCUGCAGGAUCAGCUCUCCGACACCUACCCUCUGGUCUACACCUUAAUUCUGCGCGUCCACCUCGACAUGCUUAAGGAACGCAUCCGACGGCUGCGCACCGACGAGUCCAUGAGCGAGGCCGACAACUACGAGGAGCUGGUCAAGUGCGUCCUGGAUCACAAAAUUAUUCUAAAGUUCUGUGACACCAUCAAGCCCGUUAUUUCGGGGACCAUUUUUACCCAGUUCUUGCUCUGCGGCAUAGUGCUGGGUCUGACGCUGAUCAAUGUUUUCUUCUUCUCUGACCUUUGGACUGGCAUCGCCUCCUUCAUGUUCGUCAUCACCAUUCUCCUGCAGACGUUCCCCUUCUGCUACACCUGCAACCUCAUCAUGGAGGACUGCGAUGACCUGACUCAUGCCAUCUUUCAGUCCAAAUGGGUGGAUGCCAGUCGCCGCUACAAGAUGACGCUCCUCUAUUUCCUGCAGAAUGUGCAGCGGCCCAUCGUCUUCAUUGCCGGCGGCAUCUUUCAGAUAUCCAUGAGCAGCAACAUCAGCGUGGCCAAGUUUGCCUUCUCCGUCAUCACCAUCACCAAGCAAAUGAACAUAGCAGAUAAGUUUAAGGAAGAAUGAACACUCCC